AUGAGGACACGAAGGAAGGCGGACGGACAGACGGGAAGCAGCCGGCCAGAGGAAGCCUCGAUGGUCACCCCCUCCCCAGGAUGUUCAGUGCACACUGGAGAUCUCGAUGGUCACCCCCUCCCCAGGAUGCUCAGUGCAAACUGGAGAUCUUGAUGGUCACCCCCUCCCCAAGACGCUCAGUGCACACCGGAGAUCUCGAUGGUCACCCCCUCCCCAAGACACUCAGUGCACACCAGAGAUCUUGAUGGUCACCCGCUCCCCAGGAUGCUCAGUGCACACCGGAGAUCUCGAUGGUCACCCCCUCCCCAGGAUGCUCAGUGCACACCGGAGAUCUCGAUGGUCACCCCCUCCCCAGGAUGCUUAGUGCACACCGGAGAUGUGGGGACCCUACCAAGACGAGAUGAUACAGUCCGAGCUCCCGAAAUUCGGAGCCUGGCAAGGGCCCCUGGGUCGCAGAGCAAGUGGAGUCCCCGAUCGAGGCCUCGCCCCCAGGCUGUGGACGGCAUCUUCUCCCCGAGUCCUCACGUGGCCUUUGACCACCCUGAUGAUAUUGAGGCCUGGUCACGUCCCGAAGGCCUUGUCUCCAAGUGCAGCCACAUCGGGGGCCAGGAUCAACAUGGAGGGGCGGGGGGGAAGCAAGGGGCCAGGCUGGGCCCUCCUGUUCCUGUGGUGAGGGUGGGUGAGAAAGUCCAGGAACCACAGUCCAGCUGCAGCCCAAGCCCUGGAAGCCAAAGACUGGGGCCCAGCCAGAGGCCACUUGGGCACGAAGAAGGGCAGCAGCAGCCAGCUAUGGCCUCUAGAAAGGGGCUGUGCCAGCCACUCUGUCAAACGUGGUCCAUGGGGAUGGGGUGGGGCCCCUCCUGGAUGCCCCUUGGGGGCUGGUGGGCCCAGCCUUGUAUUUGGACAUUAAAGGCGAAGGAAAUGCCAGCCAGUCAAACCACCUCCACCAUUCUUCCUCUUCUGGGAGUGGCUGGGGUGGAAGGCAGUGCUCGCGUUCAUGGCCCUUUUGCUAUGUCUGAUUUGUCGCAGAUCCAACAGCCUCUGGGAUCUUCCUCUGAAAAUCCCUCUCAUUAUUGCAAGGAAUUCCUGCACAUUACUCAGUCCUUUAAUUUAACGUGGCAUGACAUUUAUAUCAUUCUAACCUCCACCCUCACUCCUGAUGAAAAGGGCGCCCCUGGCGUUGAGCUGAAACCCACACAGAUGAACUCCAUAAUCAAGCCCCUGUACAAAAUCCAGUGGCCAAUGAUGCAGUUCCGCAGGACCCAGACUGGAUUUACCAUCAGGGAGACAAUGGUGCCAGUCUGGGUUGACGGAGCAGAAGCCUCAUCAUCUUAGACAAGCAUCACCCCUGUGAGUUCUCCUUGAUUCAAAACUGCCCGAAUCCAGCCCCACAACAUUAGCCUAAUGGUUAAUGUCAGCAUGACCUUAAACCACAAAUGAAACCUCUGACCAGAGAUGUGCCAACCCCGAGAUAACCUCCCCUCUGACCAGAGACACUCCAAUCCUGCAAUAAGACUCUCCUCCACACAGAAACAUUCCUAGUCUGCAAUAAGCUCCCCCUCCCAGAACUCUUAAAUAACCUUAGUCUCCAAGAGAAGGCUCCUGACUGAAAUGGGGCAGAAGCCUCUCUCAGGUUUAUUCUCCAAAAUAAACCUGUCUUAGAAUGUUGAGCUGCUCUUCGUGUUUCUUUCUUCUUUCUUCAACUCCUGCAGUAU